AUGCAAAACGCUAACAAUGAACCCAUGUUUCAAGUCACUGUUGAUGAAGCAGAAGAUACUGAAUGGAAUGAUAUUUUAAGGGCAAAGGGUAUUAUACCAGAAAGAGAACCUUCACCAACCCAACAAUUAGAAGAGGCCUUGGAGGAGGCCUUAAAAAAACAACAUGAGAAUAGACUAGAAGAUAAAGAUUUAAGUGAUUUGGAGGCACUUGAAGAUGAUGAAGAUGAAGAUUUUUUAAAUUUUUAUAAACAAAAAAGAAUUGCCCAACUAAAAAAAAUGCAAGAGAAAUCCAAAUUUGGGGAAGUUUUCCAUAUAAACAAGCCUGAAUAUAACGAUGAAAUUACUUUGGCCAGUAGCAAAGACGAAAGUUUGUACGUUUUGGUUCAUUUAUCAUUAACCAGCAAGUUACAAAGUAGACUAUUAAGUAAUAUUUUUGAAAUUGCCAGUAAAAAGUAUCCUGAAUUAAAGUUUGUCGAGAUCUCGGCUAAUAGAGCAAUUGAAAAUUAUCCUGAAUCUAACUGUCCAACCUUAUUAAUAUAUCAUAAAGGCGAUGUUAUCAAGAACCUAGUAACGCUAUUAGAAUUAGGGGGAAAUGACACACGUUUAGAAGAUUUUGAAAGUUUAAUGGUUAAAGUUGGUUGUGUAGAUGAAAAGGAUCCUAGAUUGCUUAUUAACCAAGAAGAUGAUGAACGAAGAGAAGAAAAACAUUUGAAAUUUGCUAAUAAAAAAGUUAUAAGGUCAGGUAAUAAUAGUAAAUUAAAUCUAGGUAUUGGAAAAGAUGAUGAGGAUGAUUUUUUUGAUUAA